AUGAGUGCUGUCAUCCUCCUCUCCGUGCUUUUCUCUCUCGCUUGUGGGCAAGUGGCAUCCUUUUGUAUUCCCACCGAAUAUACGAUGUACGUGGAUAGGAGAGAGUGUGCCUUCUGCCUGGCCGUCAACACCACCAUCUGCGCUGGGUACUGUAUGACCCGGGAUAUCAAUGGCAAACUGUUUCUUCCCAAAUAUGCACUCUCUCAGGAUGUCUGUACAUACAGAGACUUCAUCUACAGAACUGUGGAAAUCCCAGGAUGCCCGCACCAUGUGCCUCCUUAUUUCUCCUACCCUGUUGCCAUAGGCUGCAAGUGCGGCAAGUGUGAUACUGACUACAGUGACUGUACACAUGAGGCUGUCAGAACCAACUACUGUACCAAGCCACAGACCUUCUAUCUGGGGGCAGUUUCUGUUUAACUUUAAUAGCAAUGCAAUCUGGUUAAAUGUGUUUACCUGGAAUAGAACGAAUAAAAUACCAUUGAUACAUCUUGCCUGCCAUUUAAUCCAUAGGCACAUCCACACAGGCAUUAGAGAGCUUACACAGCUUUAGAAGUAGAGCUGUAUAGAAGAGGCUGUCAUGGUUUCCAUACAGAGCAGAGCAGAGCAGAGCAGAGCAGAGGGAAAUGGAAAGCAGAAAGAGGAGCUGCCGCAAGCCAGCCUGGA